AUGAAGAAGCUGUCUAUUUUUGCUAUUUCCUUUUUGCUCCUAAUGCUUUCUUUCAUCUUGUGCUGUUUGACUGAACCCAAAUGCUUUUGGAGGGUAAAGAAUAGUGAAGAUAAUCAUGGAGAUAUGAGAACUGACUGUGGUUUUUUCCUUCGGACAAUCGAGGGACCUAUUGACAAUAUUUAUGAUGACAUUUUUGAAUUUAGAAUGCCAGAAAGAAGAUAUGAGUUUUUUAUGGUAAUGUUUUUUGCUACUGAUGAAAUCAACAAGAAUCCUUAUAUUUUACCCAACAUGUCUUUGUUAUUUGUCAACAUUGUUGAUCUGUGUCAAGAUACAUUGGGUGUUUUGGAUCAAUUAUAUUCACCAGAAAAUAAUAGAUGGUAUUUUGUGAAUUAUGUCUGCCGAGAAGAUGGACUUUGUGAUGUAGACCUUACAGGAAUAUCAUGGAAAACAACUUUAAAACUGACAAUUCAAUCUAGGAUACCAAAGGUUUUCUUUGGGCCAUUUAAUACUAACCUAAAUGACCAUGACCAGUUUCCCUAUCUCCAUCAGAUAGGCCCCAAGGAAACACAUUUGUCCCAUGGCAUGGUCUCCUUGCUGCUUAAUUUUAGAUGGACUUGGAUAGGAUUGGUCACCUCAGAUAAUGACCAGGGUAUUCAGUUUCUCUCAGAGCUGAGAGAAGAAAUGCAAAGGCAUGAGAUCUGUUUAGCUUUUCUGAAUGUGAUCCCAGAAACCAUGGAGACGUACAUGACAAAGGCUAUGAUAUAUGAUAAACAAAUUAUGACAUAUUCAGCAAAUGUUGUUAUCAUUUAUGGUGAAAUGAAUUCUACUUUAGAAGUCAGCUUUAGAAGGUGGGAAUAUUUGGGUUCUCGGAGAGUCUGGAUCACAACCUCACAAUGGGAUGUUAUCACAAAUAAAAAAGAAUUCAGCCUUGAUUUCUCCCAUGGGACUAUCACUUUUGCACACCACAGAGGUGAGCUUGCUAAAUUUAGAAAUUUUAUGCAAACAAUGAACUAUAACAAAUACCUUGUAAACAUUUCUGAGUCUAUGCUGGGGUGGAAAUAUUUUAAUUGUUCAGUCUCUAAAAACAUCAAUAAAAUGGAUAAUUUUGCAUUCAAUAACACAUUGGAAUGGCCAGCACUGCACAAAUAUGACAUGGCCCUGAGUGAAGAAGGUUACAAUUUGUAUAAUGCUGUGUAUGCUGUGGCCCACACCUACCAUGAACUACUUCUUCAACAAGUAGAGUCUCAGAAAACAACAGGUGUCAAAGGAGAAUUCACUGACUGCCAGCAGGUGUCUUCCGUGCUGAAAACUAGGGUAUUUACUAACCCUGUUGGAGAACUGGUGAGCAUGAACCAUAGAGAAAACCAGUGUGCAGAGUAUGAUAUUUUCAUCAUUUGGAAUUUUCCACAAGGCCUUGGAUUAAAAGUGAAAAUCGGAAGCUAUUUUAGUUGUUUUCCACGAAGCCAACAACUUCAUUUAUCUGAAGAUUUGGAGUGGGCCACGGGAGGAACAUCGCCUCAGGUUCCCUCCUCUAUGUGUAGUGUGCCAUGUACUGCUGGAUUCAGGAAAAUUCAUCAGGAAGAAACAGCAGACUGCUGCUUUGAUUGUGUUCAGUGCCCAGAAAAUGAGGUUUCCAAUGAAACAGAUAUGGAACAGUGUGUGAGGUGUCCAGACGAUCAGUAUGCCAACUUAGAGCAAACCCAAUGCCUCCAAAGAGCUGUGACAUUUCUGGCUUAUGAAGAUCCACUGGGGUUUGCUCUAGGCUCCAUAGCCCUGUCCUUCUCAGGCAUCACAAUUUUAGUACUAGUCACUUUUGUGAAGCACAAGGAUGCUCCUAUUGUGAAGGCCAAUAACCGCAUUCUCAGCUAUAUCCUGCUCAUCUCUCUAGUUUUCUGUUUUCUCUGCUCAUUGCUCUUCAUUGGACAUCCCAACCAAGCCACCUGCAUCCUGCAGCAGACCAUAUUUGGAGUGUUUUUCACAGUGGCUAUUUCUACAGUGUUGUCCAAAACAAUAACUGUGGUCAUGGCUUUCAAGCUCACUACUCCAGAAAGAAGGAUGAGAGGGAUGCUGACAUUAGGGGCACCUAACUUCGUCAUUCCCCUUUGUACCCUGAUCCAACUUGUUCUCUGUGGCAUCUGGUUGGUAAAAUUUCCUCCCUUUAUUGACAGAGAUAUACAAUCUGAACAUGGGAAGACUGUCAUUAUUUGCAACAAAGGCUCAGUCAUUGUCUUCCAUGUUGUCCUGGGAUACUUGGGUUUCUUGGCUCUGGGGAGCUUCUCUGUGGCUUUCCUAGCAAGGAACCUUCCUGACAGAUUCAAUGAAGCCAAGUUCCUAACUUUCAGCAUGCUGGUGUUCUGCAGUGUCUGGAUCACCUUCCUCCCUGUCUACCAUAGCACCAGGGGGAAGAUCAUGGAGGUUGUGGAGGUCUUCUCCAUCUUGGCUUCUAGUGCAGGGUUGCUAGGGUGUAUCUUUGUCCCAAAGUGUUAUAUUAUUUUAGUUAGUCCAGAUUCAAAUUUAGUACAGAAGUACAAAGAUAAAUUGCUUCAUUGA